GUCGAAUGAUCUUCAGUCGACAGAUAUUACCUGAAGAGAGACGAUCUAUGUGACAUGACUCUUCUCUGAUAAAUACCAGGUGAGCCUCACCUCUCAUGAUUGUCCAUCCUGCCAUGCUCUCUUCUUACGACGUACUCAUCGUCGGUGCCGGUGUAGCAGGCCCAGCUCUUGCCCAUGCCCUUGCCACACAGACGUCUGAUAAGCAUCGUGCUCCUUUGCGGAUAGCUCUACUUGAGCGUUCCUUGUCGAAGCCAGACCGUAUCGUCGCAGAAAUGCUCCAGCCUGGAGGCGUCACCGCGCUCAAGCAGCUUGGUCUGGAGUCAUGCCUUGAAGAUCUUGGCUCUGUUUCUUUGUUAGGUUUUCACGUUCUGCGAGGGGAGCAGGGCAUUUGCGCCUCGUUCCCUGAAGGCCAUGACGCGCGAGCUUUUGAGCAUGGAGCGUUUGUCAUGGCCUUGCGCGACCGUGCACGGCGGGCGCCCAAUGUUGACGUGAUCGAGACUACAGUAAUCAAUCUCAUCGAGAACGAGGACACACAUCGCAUAAUAGGUGUUCAUGCCUCCAAAGCAGGUGGUCAGCCAGAGUCAUAUUUUGCUGACCUCGUCAUUGUCGCGGAUGGCUCCUCAUCCAAGUUCAGAACUGCCGUCCUCGGAAGCAUGCCGUAUGAGCCUUCGCAAAGGGGUUACUUGGCGGGUCUGAUUUUGAAAGACCUGAAGCUGCCACUGCCUCAGUAUGCCACUAUGUUUGUACUGAAAGGCGCUGGACCAGUCAUCCUUUUUGAGCUCCCCAACAAUGAGCAUCGUAUGCUGGUCGAAUUGAAGGAGUCGCCGCCAGAUCUCAAGGUUCGUAAUUCUGCCUUAUUGUGCGGUCGUGAUCGCCCCCACUUACCAUCAAUAUUGCAGGAGCAUAUACUAUGCGACAUUGUUCCUCAGCUUCCAUUGUCGAUCCGCGCGCCUAUUCUCACUGCUCUAGAAACGUCCCGUGUGCGACGAGCACCACAUUAUUAUCUUCCGCCCACAAAGCAGGGAGAACGUAGCAAGGCAGGCGUGUUUCUACUGGGAGAUUCGUUGAAUAUGCGUCACCCGCUAACUGCGGGUGGAAUGACGGUCGCCUUGAAUGACGUAGUCAUCCUCUCUGAUCUUCUGGCCCACGUCGAGAGCUUUGAAAACUGGGAUGAAAUCUCGGCUGUCCUCAAGAAGUGGCACCACAUGAGAAAACCGCUCGCAUCCACCAUCAAUACCAUGAGCAUGAGCUGGGCUGGGAUAUUCGCGGCCCAUGGUACGUCAAUAUCAGCCGUCGAAUGCUUGAAGGCUUAUGAUCGUAGGCGAGGCGUUUGACAUUAUGCAGGAAGGAGCAUUCAAGUUUUAUGGGAAAGGUGCCAAGUAUUCUGACGAACCCAUGUCAUUAGCAGCCGGGUCAGUAAUGCAUAUAUCGAUAAUCGUCGA